GCACGCAAAAUAAAUAAAUCGACUUUAAAGCGCUGACGUUGUUUUGUCUGCACGUAAUUAUUUGGUUCAAGCAUUAUUUACUUGAAAAAUGGAGAACAGAAGUUUUGGUGGGGCUGCAUCAGGAGCUGAAUUAAACUUAAUUAAUUUUUUUACACGAUCCUUAACUAUUUGCCGUCUUAUUAGCACAUUAUUUGCUGUUGUUGUAUUUGGUUGCAUAUCUGAUCAAGGUUAUAUUGAACCGUUUGGACAUUGUGUAUUUAACAAAAAUCAAGAAGCUUGCCAUUAUGGAGUUGGUGUUGGUGUUAUAGCUUUCCUGAGUUGUCUGCUUUUUUUGGCGUUAGAUUUUAAGUUUGAAAGUAUCAGCAAUACUAGCACUCGAAGACUUAUUGUUUUUGGAGAUUUAGGUUUUUCAGGUUUAUUAACAUUUCUAUGGUUUGUUGGUUUUUGUUUUCUUGCUGAUCAAUGGAGAAAAUCAAAUCCACAGACAGCUAAACCUACAAAUAAUGCUAGAGCAGCUAUUGCUUUCUCAUUUUUCUCAAUAUUCACAUGGGUUGCUUUGUCUCUUAUGGCAUAUAAGCGUUAUAGUCAAGGAGAUGGUUUUUCAAGCAACCCAGUCAGCUCAUCAAACCAAUAUAAUGUUGGUGGAGGAGGUUAUAAACAAUCACCCUAUGCAUCUUUUCCUCAUCCUGGAGAAGAUGACUCUUUAGGUUAUCAACAGCAACCAUUUGGUAUACCGGAGCAGCCGUUUGGUGUUCCACCACCUAAACAAAAUGUAAAAACCGAGUAUAAUGUACCAGAAUACUAAAGUUUAUUCAAAGACAGUGUCAUCUGUUCGAAACAGAAAUAUCAAAUCAUGAAUUAGUGCUUCAUUAACUUAUAUAAAACGAAAUUUCUUUUAGAAUACAUUUGUUUAUAAACACUUUCACUUGAAAUACUUUUAUAAAAUGUGUAUUUUUAUGUAUCAAAAUUUUAUUUCGUAAAGUU